CGACUCCCAUCAAUUACAGUAGCCCCACUUUUCUCCUUUUAUAGCUCUUUAUACCCCGAAAGUUCUCUUAAACUUUCCUCUCACGCUCGCUCAUACAGACAUACACACGCCCGCAAAUGGCACCGGCGGCUUCUAAUUUCCAGCACAGCCACACCUCAUCAAACACAGUGUGCGUUAUAAACGCCUCCGGGCACCUUGGCUCGGCCCUCGUCGAGCGUCUUCUCCUCAGAGGCUACACUGUCCACGCCGCGGUUCAACACCAUGAUGAACAGCUGCAAUUUAAUGGACUUUCUUCCGAGAACAAGAAGCUGAAGAUUUUCCGUUCAGAUCCCUUCGACUAUCAGAGCAUAAUUGAUGCCUUGAAAGGCUGCUCUGGCUUGUUUUACGCCUUUGAGCCGCCACAAGACCAACCCACCUAUGAUGAAUUUAUGGUGGAAGUGGAGGUACGGGCAGCACACAAUGUGCUGGAAGCUUGCGCACAAACGGAAACAAUUGACAGAGUGGUUUUCACAUCCUCGGUCACUGCCGUUGUUUGGAGAGACGAUCGAAAGUCCACAGCAUCUGAGUUAGACGAGACGCAUUGGAGUGAUGUUAACUUAUGUCGCAAAUAUAAGUUGUGGCAUGGUUUGUCAAAGACGCUGGCGGAAAAGACAGCGUGGGCCCUGGCGAUGGACAGAGGGGUCAACAUGGUAUCCGUGAACGCAGCCUUGAUGAUGGGUGGCCCUGAUGUGUCCAUCACUCACCCCUAUCUGAAAGGAGCGGCUGAGAUGUACGAAGAUGGGGUGUUGCUGACCGUCGAUCUAAAUUUCUUGGUGGAUGCCCACAUUUGUGUCUUCGAAAACAUCUCAUCCUACGGUCGUUAUUUAUGCUUCGACAAUGUUGUUAAUCACCAUGAAGAUGCUCUCAAGCUGGCCCAGAUGUUGACCACCCCUUCUGCUGCUCCUACGUUAACCCAAAGCUGUGAGCAGGAUAUGAGGAUCAUCCAACAGAGGAUAAGCAACAAGAAACUGAACCAAUUGAUGGUGGAUUUUGGGUGUGGAUCUCAGGUGCAUUGAUGCACUAUUUCCAGCUCUAGUUCUAGAAAAUGGUGAUCAUUAAGGUUAUGGUCCCAACAUGAAGAGUCCAUACUCCACAGUAUGGCCAGUGAUGCCAAUCGUGUAACUUUAGUGCAUCAACAAAAACAGCAGAGCCUUCCUCAGUUUCUAGUAAACAUGCAGGAUAUAAAGCAUAAGCUCUAGCUAUUUUUCCCAACCAAUUGAAGCAAGCAUUUUCAUCCAAUUGAGUUGAAUAUUGUAGGUGGUUCCAUUAUAAUUAUUGUUGUUGUUGUUUGUAUUAUUAUUGGUGGUUUCAACUCAAUAUAGAUGGAUCUUCGAGACUUA